AUUUACUAAGGCGCACCAAGAAGACGACGUAAACCAAACACGGAAGUAGUAAUGCAGCUAGCUGAUGUUAACUAACCAGUUUAUUUAUCGCACUUCAAAGCAUUGUAGCUAGUUCCAUACAGCUAAUAUCACCAGAUAUAAUUUAUGAUACGGUUAUGGUAACGUUAAGUAUUAUUCACUGGCUGGACUAGUUAAGGUAUGGAACUAUGAAACACGGGAUUUCCACCUCUGCCAGUUUAGGAGCUAACGUUACAAUACUAGCCAGUUGUAGCAGCGCGCUAUCGUUAGUUAACAUUUCUCCCUCACAGCACAGCAAGAGACUGGAAUAACUCUGGCACAACAACAUAUUCGUUGAUAUAUUUGAAGCGCAUUCACAAUGCACGAGUUUGAUGAACACCAACAGUCAGAAUGGCGGAGUCCUGACUGUAACCAUGGUGAUCAGAGCAGCAGACUCCAGGGUCCCGAGAUGGUCCAAAGUUUUAACAUUGUAUUCAAAGAGGAGCCAGAAGACGAUCAUGAACCUUGGGGUCAGAGAAAUACUGGAAUGAGUCCUGCCUCCAGCCACGGCAGUGAGGAGACUACCUCUACAUCAGGAGAACCUGAGCAACACCAGGAGAACCACAACACAGCCACGACGUCUCACCGCUGCUUUGGCUGUGGACAGGAGUUCCCUGCUGCCUAUGACCUCGUGUUACACCAGAGGACACACAUAGAGAGAGGCUUCAACAAGUCUGUCUGUGGAGAGCUGUUCUACCAGAAAGAGUUACUCAAAACACAUCAUCAGAAAGUUGACACAGGAAUACCUGUACAACACCAGAAGAAUCCCAAAGCUAAGAAGUCUCACGACUGUGUAGUUUGUGGAAAACAACUAUCGGAAGCCAUGAAACUGAAGAGGCACAUGAGAACACACACAGGAGAGAAACCUCACGGUUGCUCUGUGUGCGGCAGGGGAUUCACACAGAAAGGAAAUCUGAAAACACACAUGAAAACACACAGAGGAUUGAACCCCAAAUUGUGGUCCGCUGGAGAGGACAGUCCCUCUACAUCAGGAGAACCUGAACAACACCAGAAGAACCACACAGCUAAGACAUUUCAUAAUUGCAUAGAUUGUGGGGAGAUAUGCCAAACUCUACCAGCACUAAAAAAACACAUGAAAACUCACACAAGUAAGAAGCCGUCUUACCAAUGCUCCCUUUGCGGGGCGGAGUUCACUGAGAAAGGGCAAAUCCAAGACCACCAGUUACAGCAUGUUGGCGAGAAGCCUUACUCUUGCCCUGACUGUGGGAAAUGUUUCGUCAAUGAAAGCUACAUUAAAAUUCACCAGCGAACACACACUGGAGAGAGACCCUACAGCUGCCUUGUGUGUGGAAAUAGUUUCGUGAAAAAAGCAUACUUAAAAAGUCAUUUACUGACACACACUGGAGAGAAGCCAUACCUUUGCUCCAUCUGUGGGAAGACAUACAGUAGAGAAGGAACUUUCAAAAUCCACCAGAGAGUUCACACAGGAGAGAAACCAUACCUGUGCACUGAAUGUGGGAAGCGUUUCAGCUGUAGAGCAAACCUUUAUUCACACAAGAAGAGACAUGAUGGCAAACCCAUAGGACCUAAACGGCAGUUAGGCAGACCGAAGCAACUGCCAAACUGACAAAUGGGACAGGAAAAAUGUACUUGUGUAGUGUCUCUCCUGAUCACCAGCAACAUAGUUAUGUUCAUCUUGAUUAUGCAUUUCCCAUUAAUGGACAUAAACAAUAGAAGAUUAAGGAAUGCAGCUGUGGAUGUCUGAAAGACUGAAAUAUAUAAAGCACAGGACCUAAACAGCAAUUAGGCAGACCCAAGAAACUACCAUGGGGGACAGUGCUGGUUAAAUUAACUUAAGCGGUGACUUCAUUUUAUGUAAGGCAUCACAGCACAGUUGAAAAAAAUAUAUAUGUCCCAUGGAAAUCAAGAGAGGGUGGUCUACAGAGAGAGGUGGGAUUAAAAAAUGAAUGAUCUGUAAUCGUUAGGAAACACCACGUAUACAGGACGUGUCUUAAGAGUGGGGUUGUGGAGAGGAGUGGCUAACCAGCAUCAACAAAGCCGGAGCAAACUCGACGCCAGGGGACGGUGAGGUGCGUUGCGGAGGCUGCGGAUCUGACUGUCUCUCCGACUGACUGGCUCCCUCCGAGACCAGGAAUGCUUCCUCCGCUCUCAGUACCAUCUGAUCUGUUUCUCAGACGACCCUCCAUCCGUCAGCUCCCAUCCAUAAAGAUUUGUAUGUUUUUUGGGGUUCAAACUUGAAUGUGCUGAUAUUGAGUUUUUAGCUGCCAAGUUUUAUUGGUAUGUAACUGUUAUGAAAGUUGUAUUGUCAAUUUGUUUCGUAUUUAAACGCCACUUUAAACGUGUACAUGACACUGCAACAGCAUUUCCCCAUGGGGACAAUCAAGUCAGUAAAGUAAAGUAGGGUCUACAUGUAAUAAUAACGAAAUGGUGAGGAGUAGCUCCACCUACAUGUUAUAAUAAUAACAGAGUGGUGAGGAGGAGCUCCACCUACAUGUUAUAAUAAUAACAGAGUGGUGAGGAGGAGCUCCACCUACAUGUUAUAAUAAUAACAGAGUGGUGAGGAGGAGCUCCACCUACAUGUUAUAAUAAUAACAGAGUGGUGAGGAGGAGCUCCACCUACAUGUUAUAAUAAUAACAGAGUGGUGAGGAGGAGCUCCACCUACAUGUUAUAAUAAUAACAGAGUGGUGAGGAGGAGGAGCUCCACCUACAUGUUAUAAUAAUAACAGAGUGGUGAGGAGGAGCUCCACCUACAUGUGAUAAUAACAGAGUGAUGAGGAGGAGCUCCACCUACAUGUAAUAAUAACAGAGUGGUGAGGAGGAGCUCCACCUACAUGUAAUAAUAACAGAGUGGUGAGGAGGAGCUCCACCUACAUGUAAUAAUAACAGAGUGGUGAGGAGGAGCUCCACCUACAUGUAAUAAUAACAGAGUGGUGAGGAGGAGCUCCACCUACAUGUAAUAAUAACAGAGUGGUGAGGAGGAGCUCCACCUACAUGUAAUAAUAACAGAGUGGUGAGGAGGAGCUCCACCUACAUGUAAUAAUAACAGAGUGGUGAGGAGGAGCUCCACCUACAUGUUAUAAUAAUAACAGAGUGGUGAGGGGGAGCUCCACCUACAUGUAAUAAUAACAGAGUGGUGAGGAGGAGCUCCACCUACAUGUAAUAUUAAUAGAGUGGUGAGGAGGAGCUACACCUACAUGUGAUAAUAACAGAGUGAUGAGGAGGAGCUCCACCUACAUGUUAUAAUAAUAACAGAGUGGUGAGGAGGAGGAGCUCCACCUACAUGUAAUAAUAAUAACAGAGUGGUGAGGAGGAGGAGCUCCACCUACAUGUAAUAAUAAUAACAGAGUGGUGAGGAGGAGGAGCUCCACCUACAUGUAAUAAUAAUAACAGAGUGGUGAGGAGGAGCUCCACCUACAUGUAAUAAUAAUAACAGAGUGGUGAGGAGGCGCUCCACCUACAUGUAAUAAUAACAGAGUGGUGAGGAGGAGCUCCACCUACAUGUAAUAAUAACAGAGUGGUGAGGAGGAGCUCCACCUACAUGUAAUAAUAAUAACAGAGUGGUGAGGAGGAGCUCCACCUACAUGUAAUAAUAAUAACAGAGUGGUGAGGAGGAGGAGCUCCACCUACAUGUAAUAAUAACAGAGUGGUGAGGAGGAGGAGCUCCACCUACAUGUAAUAAUAACAGAGUGGUGAGGAGGAGCUCCACCUACAUGUAAUAAUAACAGAGUGGUGAGGAGGAACUCCACCUACAUGUUAUAAUAACAGAGUGGUGAGGAGGAGCUCCACCUACAUGUAAUAAUAAUAACAGAGUGAUGAGGAGGAGCUCCACCUACAUGUAAUAAUAACAGAGUGGUGAGGAGGAGCUCCACCUACAUAUAAUAUUAAUAGAGUGGUGAGGAGGAGCUCCACCUUCAUGUAAUAAUAACAGAGUGGUGAGGAGGAGCUCCACCUACAUGUAAUAAUAAUAACAGAGUGGUGAGGAGGAGCUCCACCUACAUGUAAUAAUAAUAACAGAGUGGUGAGGAGGAGCUCCACCUACAUGUAAUAAUAAUAACAGAGUGGUGAGGAGGAGGAGCUCCACCUACAUGUAAUAAUAAUAACAGAGUGGUGAGGAGGAGCUCCACCUACAUGUAAUAAUAAUAACAGAGUGGUGAGGAGGAGCUCCACCUACAUGUGAUAAUAACAGAGUGGUGAGGAGGAGCUCCACCUACAUGUAAUAAUAACAGAGUGAUGAGGAGGAGCUUCACCUACAUGUUAUAAUAAUAACAGAGUGGUGAGGAGGAGCUCCACCUACAUGUGAUAAUAACAGAGUGAUGAGGAGGAGCUCCACCUACAUGUAAUAAUAACAGAGUGGUGAGGAGGAGCUCCACCUACAUGUAAUAAUAACAGAGUGGUGAGGAGGAGCUCCACCUACAUGUAAUAAUAACAGAGUGAUGAGGAGGAGCUCCACCUACAUGUAAUAAUAACAGAGUGGUGAGGAGGAGCUCCACCUACAUGUAAUAAUAACAGAGUGGUGAGGAGGAGCUCCACCUACAUGUAAUAAUAACAGAGUGGUGAGGAGGAGCUCCACCUACAUGUAAUAAUAACAGAGUGGUGAGGAGGAGCUCCACCUACAUGUAAUAAUAACAGAGUGGUGAGGAGGAGCUCCACCUACAUGUGAUAAUAACAGAGUGGUGAGGAGGAGCUCCACCUACAUGUGAUAAUAACAGAGUGGUGAGGAGGAGCUCCACCUACAUGUAAUAAUAAUAACAGAGUGGUGAGGAGGAGCUCCACCUACAUGUAAUAAUAAUAACAGUGAUGAGGAGGAGCUCCACCUACAUGUAAUAAUAAUAACAGAGUGGUGAGGAGGAGCUCCACCUACAUGUAAUAAUAAUAACAGAGUGGUGAGGAGGAGCUCCACCUACAUGUAAUAAUAAUAACAGAGUGGUGAGGAGGAGCUCCACCUACAUGUAAUAAUAAUAACAGAGUGGUGAGGAGGAGCUCCAUCCAUUCUUCUUGCGCUUCGCCAAGCUGUUGUUAAGGAAGUUGUCAAGGAAGUGUGUUUUUGUUUAUACAUGACCUCCCACCCCCACCUACCUUCAACCAAUCGUGUCAAUGUGGAGUUAUACGGCGAUGCGGUGCGCUCGAUUUCGUCUCCGGAGGCUCCGCAAUUGCGUCACACCCUCCAUACAGAUCCUCCGGACAGCAUCGACGGAUCAAGCAUGAAUCAGCUAUUACUGUCCGACAGUAAUUUAGCCAUUCAUAGUCAUGACUGGUUUGAGUUACAGAGCCUUCAGAAAGUAUUCUCAACCCUUGACUUAUUCCACAUUUUGUUGUGGUACAGCCUGAAAUUAAAAUGGAUUACAUUUAUAUUUUCUGUCAUUGGCCUACACACAAUACCCCAUAAUGUCAGUGGAAUUAUGCUUUCGACAUUUUUACAAAUGAAUAAAUAUGAAAAGCUGAAAUGUCUUCAGUCAAUAAGUAUUCAACCCCUUUGUUAUGGAAAGCCUAAAUAAGUUCAGGAGUAAAAAUGUGCUUAACAAGUCACAUAAUAAGUCACGUGGUCUCAUUCCGUUUUCAAUAAUAGUGUUUAACGUGGUUUUUGAAUGACUACCUCAUCUCUGUACCCCACACAUACAAUUAUCUGUAAGGUCCCUCAGUCGAGCAGUGAAUUUCAAACGCAGAUUCAACCACAAAGACCAGGAGGGUUUUCCAAUGACAAAAAAAAAACCUUUGAGAAUGGUAAAGUUAUUAAUUACACUUGCAUAUAUGGUUUACUACAUUUCCUAUGAUACAUAAAAGGACAUAAACAAUGGAAUUUAAAGGAAUACCUCUGUAAAUGUCUGAAGCACAUGUUUUUCAUUGUUUAUUAUUUUAUUUUCUUAUUUUAAAAGACCAAAGAACUACUGAUGCUGUAAAUGAGUGUGCUAAGUAGAAUGACUCUUCAUCUGUAUCUGUCCCUACCAAAUGAAUCACGACCACCUGACUCUUCAUCUGUAUCUGUCCCUACCAAAUGAAUCACGACCACCUGACUCCAAAUGAAUCACGACCACCUGACUCUUCAUCUGUAUCUGUCCCUACCAAAUGAAUCACGACCACCUGACUCUUCAUCUGUAUCUGUCCCUGCCAAAUGAAUCACGACCACCUGACUCUUCAUCUGUAUCUGUCCCUGCCAAAUGAAUCACGACCACCUGACUCUUCAUCUGUAUCUGUCCCUACCAAAUGAAUCACGACCACCUGACUCCUCAUCUGUAUCUGUCCCUACCAAAGGAAUCACGACCACCUGACUCUUCAUCUGUAUCUGUCCCUACCAAAUGAAUCACGACCACCUGACUCCUCAUCUGUAUCUGUCGCUGCCAAAUGAAUCACGACCACCUGACUCUUCAUCUGUCCCUGCCAAAUGAAUCACGACCACCUGACUCCAAAUGAAUCACGACCACCUGACUCUUCAUCUGUCCCUGCUAAAUGAAUCACGACCACCUGACUCUUUAUCUGUCCCUGCUAAAUAAAUCACGACCACCUGACUCCAAAUGAAUCACGACCACCUGACUCUUCAUCUGUAUCUGUCCCUGCCAAAUGAAUCACGACCACCUGAGCCUUCAUCUGUAUCUGUCCCUACCAAAUGAAUCACGACCACCUGACUCUUCAUAUGUAUCUGUCCCUACCAAAUGAAUCACGACCACCUGACUCUUCAUCUGUAUCUGUCCCUACCAAAUGAAUCACGACCACCUGACUCUUCAUCUGUAUCUGUCCCUGCCAAAUGAAUCACGACCACCUGACUCUUCAUCUGUAUCUGUCCCUACCAAAUGAAUCACGACCACCUGACUCCUCAUCUGUAUCUGUCCCUACCAAAUGAAUCACGACCACCUGACUCUUCAUCUGUAUCUGUCCCUGCCAAAUGAAUCACGACCACCUGACUCUUCAUCUGUAUCUGUCCCUACCAAAUGAAUCACGACCACCUGACUCCUCAUCUGUAUCUGUCCCUACCAAAUGAAUCACGACCACCUGACUCUUCACCUGUAUCUGUCCCUGCCAAAUGAAUCACGACCACCUGACUCCUCAUCUGUCCCUGCUAAAUGAAUCACGACCACCUGAGCCUUCAUCUGUAUCUGUCCCUACCAAAUGAAUCACGACCACCUGAUUAUUCAUCUGUAUCUGUCCCUGCCAAAUGAAUCGCGACCACCUGACUCUUCAUCUGUAUCUGUCCCUACCAAAUGAAUCACGACCACCUGAUUAUUCAUCUGUAUCUGUCCCUGCCAAAUGAAUCGCGACCACCUGACUCUUCAUCUGUAUCUGUCCCUACCAAAUGAAUCACGACCACCUGACUCUUCAUAUGUAUCUGUCCCUACCAAAUGAAUCACGACCACCUGACUCCAAAUGAAUCACGACCACCUGACUCUUCAUCUGUAUCUGUCCCUACCAAAUGAAUCACGACCACCUGACUCUUCAUCUGUAUCUGUCCCUGCCAAAUGAAUCACGACCACCUGACUCCUCAUCUGUCCCUGCUAAAUGAAUCACGACCACCUGAGCCUUCAUCUGUAUCUGUCCCUGCCAAAUGAAUCACGACCACCUGACUCCUCAUCUGUAUCUGUCCCUGCCAAAUGAAUCGCGACCACCUGACUCUUCAUCUGUAUCUGUCCCUACCAAAUGAAUCACGACCACCUGACUCUUCAUCUGUAUCUGUCAAACAUUCUUUUGUUUUAUUCUUACCAAAUAAAUAACUACUGGUAGAAGCCAUCUUCUUCAGACAUGUUAUAUUUCCCACCACUUGUUCGUCUGUCUGUUAUGUGUUUUGUUGCUGAUAUAUUUUAUAAGAAGGAAACUACGUCCCUUCUGCACAAAUACUUCUGUUGGUCAUAAAGAAUUACUUCAACAA